AGAACAACGUUACGGCGGCGCGCACACAAACACACGCCCGCAGGAUACACACAAAUCGGUAUUAGCAGCAGCAGGUGUGAAUUGAACGAAUGUAUGCAAUUUCAUUGCAGGCCGAGACAACUGUGAUCUAUUUGUGCAUUUGGCGUUGAUGCACGCACGGUAUACGAUGCUGGUGGGGAAGGGGAAGAAAGCACACACGUGAAAACAACAAAAGCACGAAAACGCGUACGGUGUUGUGAAGAAAAGCUACACACCAGAUUUGCAAUGAAUUUCGUAAUCAUCACACAGUCAGUCGUCGUCGCAUUGUACGGAGCAACCAACAACAAGUGGUGCGUUACAUUUUUUUCAUGUGACGCAUCGAAAAGCAUCAGCAUCGGAACAUCUGUUUCGGCGUAUCCUGUUGUGGGAUUGUGAAACAGAGGAUACGAUCAAUUUUCGCAAUUGCGAAAGGACCAAUACAGUGGCGGUCUCUUCCGCAAAGCAACGUUGAUCCGGCACGGUCCCCUGUCAGUGUGUGUUGCCAUUGGAAACGCAAGCGUUACAGCGGGUUGUCCUUCAAACCCUUCUGCUGCUAAUGCUAUGAACGACGAAUCGUUCUUGUAGCUACCAAAAAAUUGCAAACUCAAUUGCAACAAACUCAUAACCAAUUACCUUGAUACACUUUAAUAAGGUCAACAGCAAAAGCUGCACGGGAUCCCUUUUACCCGGACCCCGUGGUAACGCUUCACGGCAAAACGCACGUGUAACGUCUCGUAACGGCCGCUCUAUCGAAGGUCGCUAGAAUGAGAGCGCGCGGGCACAGACACAGAUAUGCAGCAGCAGCAGCAGCAGCAGCAGCAGCACUGUACCUUUCUCACUCACUCGCCUCACUUUUGGGGGCUUACCUUCGACGGCAAGUGAACAUAUCUAGCCAUACACACGGCACAUCAUAGUGCGCGGUUCGUUCAUUCGCUCGCUCGUGUGUCACGGUACAUUUGUGUGUGCGGCGGACGUGCAAUGCGUACGUGUGUUUUCUGGUUUUUUUCUGCUCUGGCAAGCAAGUACCUACAACAAGCGGCGUGGUGUGUUGUUCAACGAAAGCAGGUUCCCUUUCGCAAAAGGUUCGACCUGCUGCUCCCUGGUGUCUGGUCCUGUAUUAAGCUACUGUCCGGAUGGUAAAGUAGUACCGGAAUUUUGGGACACUUCAAGUGGACAUGUGUCUGUAGUUUCCCGCACGGGGUGAUACUAGAGGACACGAUGGUGCUAACCGUGUGCUAGAGAAUGUGCCUCAUGGCAUGAUUGGCCGCAACCGAAGACCUUACGUUACAAACCCGAUGGUCGGUGAAUAAGGUGAACGUUGUGGACGGUGUGUGUGUGGUUCCGGUUUUCCUGGUGGGGAUAAGAAACUCCUCUGCACAACCCAAGUGCCUGCAACUGGUUUCAUUUUCACCAAACACCUUGCACGCACGCCACAGCCACUUCCCUCCCAAUUGCACAACCUUGGUAUUAUUGGUAAUAUUCAAGCAUGGCUAUCAUCGCAUCGCCCAAUAAUCGUUGAAUCUCUCGCUAGCUGAGCAGUACCGUAAACCCGUACGUCUGAAAAAGGGAAAACAACCCGUGUCAGAAGGCAACGACGAACACUCCAUACAUACCCAUCAUACACACAUCGCAGUCGGAGCAGCCACGUUUGACAAAAGCUCACCCUCAAUCCGUGCCAGCUAAAGGCCGUUGCGUUGCAGGUGUUGUUGUUGUUGUUGCGGUGGAAAAUCGGUAAAAUAAUGUAUGCGCCUGCUCUACGCCACACCGAGCAGCAAGCUAAGCUAUACAUAAGCGGGCUCUAGUGCAAAUGAAUCCGACGCAAGAUAUAAUCAUCGCAUCAUCUUAUCGGGGAGCACCGUAAACGUUGUGUCGGUGGCCGCACCCUCUCGUUCCACGUCCCACGCGUGUGAUUACGCGGAGGAAAAUCGGAAAAGAUUGCUUCACGGAUUCGAUGAAUGAUCCCCCGCGGUGUGCAUCAGUUUUCUGUACAACAGUCACACCAAACGCUUCUCUCUCCGUGUCACUCACUGGUCAGUUUCGGCUGUUAUCAGAUGUUUAGGAGAAGCAUUAAGCUGGGUGGAGUGUGUUUAGUGUGCCCGAACCAAAAACGCUUGCAGCAGCAGCAAAUUUGUGACGAAUAAGCGACUCCCAUCGUGUGGUGUCAUAAGGCUAAUAAAAGAUGUGUGCUUUCUAUAAAGAUGUGUGGUGGUGCAUAUGCGCCGUUCUGCUGUGCCCAGCAGUAUCGGAAUACUUAAGUUAGUGUGUGCAAGGAGCGAUCAAUUGGACACAAACGAACGCUGUCACCACUGUGCAGGUUGUCAAUAACAACGUGAUGUCGUACCAGCAGCAGACAAUAAACGGUCCAUCGACAAUCGUGAAACCGAACCCGAUUGCGGGUUUACCGAUCGCCAACACCACCGUAGUAAUGCCGACCGGUUCCUCCGGCACGAUCGGUGAUCUGAAGCUUAUUGCUGCCACAACAUCGACCGCCGCCUUGAAGAUGUAUCGCCCAAUCGCACCGAAACCCACGUCCGCCGCCAUGAUGAUGAUGACCAACACCACCACCGCCACCGCCCUUCCGCCGACAGCAACCACGGCGCCCUCGAUCUUGUUAUCGCCAGCGGUCCCAAUCAGUCCUACGACGGUUCCGAUGAUGCCGGGUGCUGUACCACCACUGUCAACAACAACCGUUUCGAACGGUGUGCCGACAAUGGUUAUUCCGGGAGUUGUCAAAUCGACCCUUAUCCCGUCAAACUACGAACAACAACCGCCUGGACAACCGCAACCAGCGUUGUACGCUGGCGGUUCUAAACUUGUGCUUCCUUCGGGCACUACCAUCAAGGUGACGCAGCACGGCGGCGGAGGUGCCUUUGCUCAGCAGCAACCCCAAGUGCAGUCAUCCACGGCGAUGGCAGUCGCGACCACGGCCGGCAAUUCCCAGCUGCUGCACACAAUCGUUCACACACCCGCGCUUGGUACAAUUUCCUUCGCGAAGCCACCCCAAUCACCGCAACAACCCGCCACCAAGGUGUUGUUGAAUGCUAAGCUUCCGAUGACCACCUCCAGCACGACCACCUCUCCAUCGUCUUCAUCGUCAUCGGCAGGUCCAACUGUUCCUGUCAAUAUUCCACCACUGUACGUGCCCCCAAACAAGGCAUCGAUUGCUACUGCAACGGUAGCAAAGCCCAUUACCAUACCGAUGUCACCAGUUGCGUCCGGAACAUUCACAAAGCUGGCUGAUGUAGAAACGCAGCGUGUAAUGAUAACAGGGCCACCAAUAACCGUCGGCAGCAGCAGCACCACCAGCACCAGCAUCAUCAACAACAACAACAGCGUAAUCAAGCGCCGUCUGUCGGCAGGGAUUGCGAAGGCAAAUGCGGCCACGAUAGAGCAGCAAGAGGUGCGAAAACCGAUCAAAGCAUUUCCUAUUCCGGUACUGAGUUCGUUCCCAACAGCCGCCAAUCCUGUUCAGUACCAGCAGCACCAACACCAACCGCCGGAGCAAACAUCCAAUUCCAUUUUGAUUAAAGAUCGUACAGUGCUGCUUUCGGCGAAUGCUCGUGCAUUGGUGGAACAGUGCGGCAAAAAGGAAAAUGUAAAUCUAUCGCUGCAGUUGGAAAACGAACCACCGGCAACCGUUGCUGUCGCGGAAGACGACGAGUCGUCCAACGAUGGUUCCAUGCUGGUGAUGGACCUGGGCGAAAGUAAUGCACCCGAGGUGGCGGCGGCGGGUUCGGCGGUGAUCCCGGGCGAGAAAAACACUCUGUUUAGCCAAGGUAUGGAACGGGCGGCAAUUAUUGCGCAUGCAAAUGGCGAAAGCUUAGUGCAGGUCGAUAACGAUCACGAACCACACCGAAUCGAGCAGCUGGAUGAUGAAUCAAACGGCUCGGACAUGGUGGGAAGCCAACAGCAGGUCAUUGAAGGAAACUGUUCUUACCCCCUGGAAGUGCCUAAAACGCCGGAAAGAAGGAAGCCAGCAAAGCGUUCCAGCUGUGAACCGGAUGGCGAUUCGAGGUCGUCUUCCACCAACGUAAGCCCCCGGUUGGAGAAGCGUUCCUCUUCCGAGCAUCUCCAGUCGAAGGUAAAAUCGGGCUUACCGGGCACGGCUACCGAAUCGAAGCAAAGUCCUCUGCGGAGACGGUUUUCGGAGUUUGCGGCAGUUGUGACAACAUCGGCCGGAGUUACGAUACCGUUUACGGAUGAGAAUUACUUUAUACCGCUACCUUCCCACGUUCGCAAGAUUGAGGCGCGUGCGGCCCGCGAUCGGGACAUAAAAUCGACUGCUAGCGUGGCACACGAAGCAGCGGCACCAUUACCACCAUCAAACCUUUCAUUGCUGUGCAAUGAAAAAAUCGAUCUACCGAAACAGCUCGAGGAAGUGCUGAAGAAGCGGCCCUUUACCGCGAAGCAGGUAAAAGCUGCGAGCAGAAAAAUGUCCCCCACUGACCCGGCCAACGAACAGGAACACCACGAGCAGCAGCAGCAGCAGGUGGUGGUCGCGUUAGACCAGGAAAUUCGUCGCAAAAAGCAACGGUUGGCAAAGGAAAGCAGUGUGGAGCGCAGCACCAACAGUCGAUCCACAUCGAUGUCGUCCGACAGCAACGUGAUGCCGGCGUCGGCUGGCAAGCCAGCACGGAGCAAUGUCCCGUCGGAACCAUCGGGCAAAAAGCAUGCCGGUUCGAAAACGCAGAGCAAAAAAUCGUCCACAGCUGCUGCUGCUGCUGCUGCUGCCCAAGUGACACCGUCCGAAUCGUCCACCAGCGUGCUGGAUGACAGUGGUAUCGUGUCGGACACCUCGACGGUUGCCGACCAUCUGCGGUGGUACGAUGGUAUCGGUUUUCUGAGCGAAAGCACGAUGCACUUUGAGUUUAACAAGUUCGGCAUCGUGCAGCCGCUUUCGGACGAAGCGUACGAUCAGCACCGCAUUACGGACGUGUAUCGAGAGCUGCAGCUCCCGAUUAAAGAGCGACCGGUGCAUAAACGCACCACCGCCGCGCACGAAGCGCACGACAUGUACAAGUGUGAGGUGUGCGAGGGCCGUGGCCGAGCGGCCGACUUUGUAACGCCAGACUUUUGCAGCAUUCGCUGCGUUCAGCAAUGCAGCAAAUCCGCUUUGCGCGACUACAUCCUCAACUCAACGCACGCGCUGCAGUGUAACAAUUUGCUAAGGGAGCUGAAGGUGCAAAUUCCCAAGGAGGAACCAAAGGAGGAUGAGGGUGAGGAAGAAGAGGCAACGGAUCAGCAGGCACGGUCCAAGAGGAAGCAAUCGGUGAAGAAAAAUGUAACGAAAACGCCACCAUCCUCACACAACACGACGGCUUCAUCCACCAGCGACGAUGAUUCGAUGAGCUCGCUGAGCCUUAACUCGAGCGCUUUUCUUAAGCGGCAAGCGUUACGCGAAUUGCUACCGCCCACGCUUGAGGAUACUCCUCCCGCACCGCUGAGACGAGCGGCCGUACCGCAAACAUCUCCUCCGACCGACGGUACCGAGGAGACGGAAUUCAAUUGGCAGCAGUAUCUGCAGAAGAUAGGUGCCCAACCGGCACCGAUGUAUCUGUUCGGGCCGAGACCGUUCCCACUGGCUGGGGCUAGCGGGCCGGUCGAGAACAUGUUCCGCGUUGGCAUGAAGCUGGAAGCGAUCGAUCCGGAGAACAGUUCCCUGUUCUGCGUUUGUACGGUGGUCGAGGUGCGUGGCUAUCGCUUGAAGCUACACUUUGACGGUUACCCGGCCGACUACGACUUCUGGGUGAACGCGAACUCCGCUGACAUUUUUCCACCGGGUUGGUGUCGGAGUACGAACCGCACGCUGCAACCACCGGCCAGCUUCAUCGGGCAAGCGUUCAGCUGGGCGAAUUAUCUGCGCGAAACGAACGGUCUCGUGCCAGACAAGGAACUCUUUGCCCAUCUUAAUCAAAAGAGCGAUAGAAACAAGUUCGAGGUUGGUAUGGCGAUCGAGGCGGACGAUCUGAAAAAGUCGGGCAAAGUGUGCGUCGCUACGGUUGCGGACAAAAUGGGCGACCGGGUACUGAUACACUUUGACGGCUGGGACAACCGGUACGAUUACUGGGUGAGCAUUUACUCCAACUACAUCCAUCCGGUGAACUGGCACAAGGAGAACAACGAUAAAAUCACGGCACCACCUGAUUGGAACAAACCGUUCGAUUGGGAAAAGUACAUCCGCUAUAAAUCCCGCACCAAUCUCGGCUCUACCAAAAAGGCACUAAAGUCGCUGUUUAAGACGCGCCCGCCAGUACCCUUCAAACCCGGCCAACGGCUCGAGGUGGUCGAUCGGAAGCAGCCAAAGUUGAUACGUCCAGCGAAAGUCGUCGCGACGGACGGGUACGAGGUGAGCCUUUGCUUCGAAGGUUGGCCACGGGAGUAUGAGUUCUGGAUUGAGGACGACAGUACGGAUCUGCAUCCGGUCAAUUGGUGUGCCCGAACGAAACAUCCGCUGGAACCACCGCCAAACUUUCUGCUCACAACCUGCACGUACGAUGGCACCUGCGACCUAAAGUUCUGUCUGAGCAGGGGCAACAGCAAGUAUCCGCAGAAAAAGUUCCACGACCGUUCGGCUGAAUGUCCGUACAAGCGGGCCAACUGGAUGAGUGAAGACCGCAAACCGCUCCGCAUUAGCCAUGACCAAGUGCACAAACACAACUACAAGGAGACGCAGCCCGCCGCAGAAGACGACUGUCAGAGCUUAACUGCAAAGCUCGAGCCACAGUGUGGCAGCCGGACCAAGAGUGGCGGCGCCACGGCGGCCAAGCUAGAGGAGCUAAAGAGACUUCCCAGCACCGCUUCCAGCACACCCGCACAGCUCAUCCCAACCAAGCGCAUUAAGCAAGAGACGGAAGAGCUGCUCAGCACCGCUACCUCGACCGCUACCGGCAGCACACCAACGCCACCACCGUCCCGCGAUCCUUCCAAGGAGCGUGUUGUGCGGACAAAGGAAGCCGAAGAACGUCCGGUCGCUGGUAGCAGUGCAGCUGCUACCAUUAACCUUUCGAACAAUGAAUCGAUCCGGCUCGCCCGUCCCGUCAUCGAGGAGUAUGGCCCACGGUUAAUGCAUUCGUACGAAAUUUGGCAACGGCAUUCGCGCUACCUCGAUGAAUGCACCGAACAGACUGGGGCGCUGCGCAAAAAUCCUCUCCACUGGACCACGGACGAGAUGGCGCGAUACAUUGAGCAGCUGCCCGGUUGCGCGGAGUACGCCAGCAAGAUACGGCACGAAGAAAUCACGGGCCGUUCGUUCCUGAGCUUUACGCAGGCCGAUCUGAUCGACUACCUGGGCGUGAAGAUUGGACCGGCCAUUAAGAUCUACAAUCGCAUCAUACGACUGCGCCAGCUCGUUACAACCAAGUUCAUUCAGCUGUAGAGCUGGGAGGAUAGCUGGGUCGGGAAGAGGUCGCCGUCCAUUCGCUGUGGAGAAGAACGGUCUUUAGGUGUGUAUAUUUGUGUGAUACCCUUUUUGCUAAUUACCUUAGGACCUGCUGGUCACAGUUGUUUUGCACACAACCGUUAAAGUGCAUUUGCAAUAAUACCGUUCUGUGGAGUUGAGUUGGCUCAGUAAGCGUGAAGUUCCAAUGAAAACCCGGUUCAAGAAUUGAUCCUCUAUAUUUAGUAUUUCGAAAUUCAUUCGUCACUCUUUUAUUCAUUACCUAUUACCUGCGUAAUCCCAAUAUAAGCUUAUUCGUCCUGUAAGUAGCGUAGCGUCACAAAAAUCGAAAACAAACGUAAUAUUACAUUUUAGCUAUUUUAUUUUUUAUUCUUUUCCGGGGAGAAUGUGGAUGUUGUGUGGAACAUUUUUAACCACUACCACCACCGACCAAACCAACCAAUCUUUGGAGUCUUGAGCUGUAGUAUAGGUAUUUAGCGUAUGCGGGGAUGCGAUCUUAGUUUCAACCAGAUUACAGAUUUACACUUAUGCUACGUUAAGCUAGCACCGCUACACUAGGGUUACGAGCUGUGCCCCCGGGAUUGUAUAUAAGAGAUGAGCUAUACAAACAGAUUAUUACUCUAGAUGCUUAGUUUAAGAGUUUUAUUAUUUAAAUAAAAUGUUUCAUCGCA